CGCUGGCGAGGGCCGCGUCCGCCUGCUGGACCUGGGGCCGAACGUGGCGCAGGAGCGGAUUCGGCUGGGCGACGCGUCUGAGGAGGCCCCGGAGUCCGCUGGAGUGCCCUCGCCUUCGGAGGACGGCGCGGGCUCGGAGUCGGCCGAGUAUUGAGGGUCCCGCUAGUGGUAACAUUGGUGACCCGGGUAGAGACACGCCGAGGAUUGUGGACUGGGAGUGUGAGGACUGCGAGUGUUGGGAGUGUGCGUGCUCCGAUUCGUGUGAGGACUGGAGUGCUGACUGUUGAGUGUGCGGGUUCGUAACUUAUAAAGUGUUAGGAUUUUCACCGUUUCACUAUUGUGCCUUUGAGCUGGCUCGCUUUUAGCUUACGAUGUGUUGGGUUAUGGAGCUUUUAGCUUUCGUAUCCCAUUUUGGCUCUUACCUUUACAGCUUUUAAGUGUGGUACGUUGACAGGUCGUUGGGUGUGUACAUAUGGCAAGGUAUGAGUGUGACAUGGGUCGAGUACUCAUAAUGCAAGCUUUCUGGGUCCAUUUCGGUGCGUUUUACAAUGUUUUUACCUUCCGUAUCGUACCAGAGGUGAGGUCCCUAUGCAGCUU